ACUUUCUCUCGCCCCUUGCGUAUAGAGUAGGCUUUCAAACAACACGACUCCUGCGUCAUUUAGGCACAAUUUAAUUCCGCCGUUGCCUCUCAGGGGCGUAUCCAUUAGAGAUGGUCAGCGCUCGAACUGAGAGCGGACUGGGAAGACCGCUUAAUCGAUCUCCUCCGUUCACCAUCCAGCUUCUGGACCGAAAACAAAAUGCUCCUGCGUCUUCACUCGAUAAUCGCCAGCUCAAGCUCCUCUUGCCUGCGACCUUUCAGACCGACUCGGAUGACUUAGCUUCGACGAGCUGCCAUGUCGAUGCUUCCAUUCGGGCAGAACUCGACUUGCAGAGGCUGAACAUCGUUUCACGCUGGCUAUGGGUUGCGGGUCGGCUCGUGCCGCCCCGCCCUCUCCACCAUCAGCUCUUGCUUCGUCGGGAUGUUUUUGUCACAGAGCAGAUGGACAUGCAUCUUGUCUGGAUGACAGGCCGGAUCUUUGUUAAACCUAUCCCAAGGUUUCUACUCGAGCCACGCUUCUGGAAGGAACAUCUGUGCUGCGAACAGCAUUGCAGUUGCGUUACAGUCGAAGGUACGGCCUGGGAAUGCGAACGUCGAAGGCUUUGGAAAUGCGCACUUGGAUUUCUGUUCUCUUACGCUGCAUUGAUACGCCACGAGAGCGACUUUCUGCUGGCGAAGGAGAAAUACUUGCUUCCUGAAGAGGUCAAGUGGCCAGAUUGGAUAUCCUUUGUCGAGGAACUUGACACGGAGCACAUCUAUCCUAACAUCGAUCCACGCUUCUACCACGGAGAGCUUCGCUUGGAUCGGCUAAACAAGUUAUACCGCUUGCUACAAUCACCUCUAUAUGGUUACAUGGCUCACUGGAAUCAGUACUCAACCUUUUUCCAAGACAAUUUCGCCUGGCUAGCCGGGACGACGGUCUACAUCGCAGUUGUGUUGACCGCAAUGCAGGUUGGGCUCGCCACUGACGUCUUGGCUGAUGAUGACGCAUUUCAGUCUGUGUCGUACGGAUUUACUGUCUUUUCGAUUUUGGGACCAUUAGCCUGUGCUAUGCUCAUCGUCCUCGCUUUUUGUUUCACUUUUGUAUGCAACUGGGCCACAACUGUAACAAAAAAAAAGGAGCGCCUUGGCCGUAUUCAUAGUGGACAUGAUCAAAACUGAAAUUUUAUCGAGAUACUUCUAAGUCCCCACUGCGUCCCCUAAUGUAAUGUUCUUUCGUUUCUUGACCCAAUACUCUUUCCCCCAAGUGGUAGUUAUAAUAAGUUCUUCGGUCUAACCACAGCUAAUGACGAGCUGUGCACGGCUCUCCC